AGUAAAACAGUGGUAAAAAAUGGUGAAAUUCUUCGUUUUUCUCUUGUUUUUCGCCUUUCUUUGCAGCUUCACAUCAGCGAUUCCUCUUCGGAGUUUGUUUCUCCGAUCCUACGAUGAUAUAAAUCAGGAAAGCAUAGCUAGAGGAUAUUUUGCUCCACAACCUGUUGAUGAUGAUAAUGCAGAUAACAGACCAAAGCGUGGAAUUGAUCUACUGAAACGUCGUGUUGAGAUAAUUGAAAGGAAUCGAUGUUUUUUCAAUCCGAUAACAUGUUAUUAGUUCAACUCCUCACAAAAUCUGGUGCUCCACAUUUGUUUCUCGUCAAAAUUUUGAUCUCUACUUGUUUUAUUUUUGAUGAAUUAAAAUAUCUUCCUCGUUGCUUUCUCUCACAUUCAUUCUAAAAUAAAUCGUGUCAAAAGUAUUAA